AUGUUCUCGUACACAUACGGUGGAAGUCGCACCAGUCGUCAUUCUUACUCUUAUUCUUGUUCUUCCUUCCUUCCUUCCUUCGGUGUCAGCAACACCUGUUUCACUGGUUAUGUAAUUUCUUGCAUACAAAAUGAGAGUAAGAAUGUGAGACAGAGAAAUUUCUGCCCAAUUAAAUUACAUACAAAGAUACCUGGCGUUCUUUUUUUUCUGUCUCACACUCAGACUCUCACACGCUGCCUCUCCGCCUACUGGUGCGCUGUCUCUAUUUGUAUAUAUAUAUAUAUAUGGUGUGCUUAUAUUUGGUAUUCUUUAUCUUUAAAUUGUUUUGACUUUUUACAAUUCCUAUCGCCCCCCAAAAAAAAGGAUAGUAUCAAAAUAACCAAAUACUAG